UGGUCUUAAGAAAGGCAGGGCUUUAAUAAACCCCCAUCAAUCAGAGUUGAGGGUGUGUCACAUACAAGCUUCAUGAUGAGCUGAGCUUUGGUUCCUUGUGACUCACUUCAUCGCUUCUCUUCUCUCUGCUUUUCAGUAAAAGCGACCGGCUUUGUGUUUCAUCGCAGGGGAAAAAAAAGUAGCAGCUGCUCUUUAAAAGUUGUUUUCUUCCGAAACUGAAGCGACUGGAUAUAUCGCUGAUUUGGUCGCCAUGGGGGAUUCAAUCUCAAGCCACCUGGAUGAAGGCAAACGCGAGAUCAUUACAGCGAGGACCACCGAAGUCCUGGGCGAGUUCGGGCGUCUCUGCGAGCAGCAGUACGUUGUGGCGCUUUUUAACAAGGUUCGUUAUGACGUUGAGGGAGGAGGUGGACCUCAGCCUCAGCUCCUGCACCGCAAGGUGCCUCUAGAGAACAAGUCCAUCUUCUCAGGGAUGCUGCUUCAGUACAUAGAGGAAAGCAAAAAAUGGCGGAAUCGUUUCCUCUUCGUCCCUGAUACGUACAAGAUCAGUAACUACGAAAGUAAACAGGCCCAUGAUCGAGGCCUUCCUCCAAAAGGAAGUAUCAACUGUGCUGGUUACAAAGUGCUGAUCUCAAUGGAGAAGUACCUGGAGCUCCUGGACACAAGUCUUCCUGAUGUAAAAGCCAAAGUAAGCAGUUCUCCCUUCCUGAAAUGUGUCACUCAGUACCCGGUCAUCCUGUGGCACCCGUACGCACGCCAUCACUACUUCUGUGCAGCUACGGAGAAAGAGCAGGAGAAGUGGCACGCUGUGUUUCAGGAUUGUGUCCGUCAUACCAACAACGGCCUGUCAGAGGAAUGUAAAGUUCAGACCCCGGCGUUUACAGACGCGGUUCGACUUUACCGCCAGGCUCAGGGUCAGUACGGCACCUGGGACAUGAUGUGUGGUAAACCUCCUCAGAUCCUGGCUAACUUGGUGAUGGAGAAGCUUCUUCCUGAGCUGAGAGACCAAAUCAGUCCACGCCUGAAGGGAAAGAUGCAGGAAAGGCAGAAGAACUGGACGCUGAUCUCCGAUGCCGUGUACAGUCUGGUUCAGAGUCAAACCCAGUCCCAGUAUGAGGCCAUAGUGCAGCAAUGUGAGGCAGGACGUCCUCCUCUGGAGGCUUCCAUCCGAACUGACAUGGACCAGAUUAUCACCUCUAAGGAGCAUGUGACCAGCAAAAUCAGAGCUCUGGUGCUGCCCAAGGCUGAGAAACUUCUCAAGGUGAGCAUCGAGCCGUAUAUCGGCUCCAUCCUUGAGGCCCUGAUGGAACCCACCAGCCGAGGUUUCUUCGAGGUGCGUGAUGUUUUCUUUAGAGAGCUGGUGGAAAUGAGCAAGAACCUGCUGAACGGCGGCAGCAAAGAGAAGCUGGGAGAGUAUAUGGAGAAGAUCUCCAUGCUGGCUUUCCACCCGGUGAAAAUGCAGUGCUGCUAUGAGAAGGUCGAGCAGCUGAGUCUGGAGGGCCUGCAGCAGCGCUUCGACGUCACCAGUCCGUCCGUGUUCGUCCAGAGAGCCCAGAUCCUCAUGAGAGAGCAAAUGGAUGAUGCCGUGUACACGUUCGAGCAGCUGCUCCAUCAGAGUCUGGAGGGUCAUGAGGAGGAAGAUCUCUGUAAAACAAUCCAGCGGUGCCAGGACCGAGUCAUCAAGAAAUAUGACUAUGACAGCAGCACUGUACGUAAGAGGUUCUUCAGAGAGGCUCUACUACAGAUCUUUAUCCCCUACAUGCUGAAACAGCUCUCUCCGUCCUGCUCUGCAGAAUUGCCUCGUUUCCAGGAACUGAUCUUUGAAGAUUUCUCCCGUUUCAUUUUGGUCGAGAACAUAUUUGAGGAGGUGGUGCUUCAGACAGUCAUGAAGGACAUCAUGAUGGCUGUAAAGGAGGCUGCCGUUCAGAGAAAACACAACCUGUACAGGGACAGCAUCGUUCUGACCAACAGCGACCCCAACCUCCACCUGCUGGGCGAGAACCCGUCCAUCGACUGGGCAGGAGAGUACGGAGACAAACUGGAAGUGGACGGAGAGCAUGAUGGAGAUACAGCGGCCCAGAAGAGACGCAGGAUGAAACAAGUGGUGUCCAUGAUCCAGGUGGAUGGACAUAACACAACGCUUCUCAACGAGUCCUGCUUGGAGGUCCCCAGCGUUCAUGACAUCCCUGAAGAACAGGGUGAGGGAGAUUCUGAUGCUCAGCCCUCUUGUGCAUCUGAAAAGGCAGCACCUGUCAAAGAGGAGGUUAGUGGGUCAUCACCUAAGGAAACGGCACCCGAUUUACCCAAUGGGACUGCGGCAAAGCUUGAUAAAAUGGAAGCUGCACCAAAGUCUCCACAGGACUCUGAGAGCAAGCUGGCCAUAGAGAGCGCCAUCCAGCAGAUCGAGGACGCAGUCCAAGGAGAAGAUGGCGAGCAAAGUCCAGAUAGAAUCGCUCUGGAGAAAACAGAAGAAACUUUAAGCGCUAAAGCGGAAACAAAUAGCGCACUUAAAAAAGACGACCAGUUGGCAGCGCCAGCGAACCAGGAGGUUCAAUCUACACCAUUAAACACAGAGAAACCUGCAAAAGAUCAAGAAACCAUUACAAAGCCCAAGAAAGAAGAGCAAACAGAUGCUGCAGAGAACUUCUCAGAUUCGCACACAGAACCUCAGCAGCUCAGCACCGACACAGACAGCGGCUUCCAGUCGCCAGCCAAUGAGACAGCCGAGGAGGAAGAGCUGAAAGCUGGCACGGCAACCAUGGAGGCGGGACAAGAGAAACACAAUGACUCUGAAAAGGAAGGCGAGGAUGCUAGGAAAGGAGCUGACACACUGACAACGCAGACAUAGACAUCAUUAAUUAUACAAUUGUGUUUAUUUUUUAUGGAAAACGCUAGAAACACCAGCCCACUGAUCACAGAAGUGAUGGUUUUACAGAGGGUUUUUACGGUGGUUGGUUUGUUUACACAGAAAUCACCUCUCACAUUUCCUUUACAGUUAAGCGUCUGUUUUUGAUUCUUAAAAUAAAAAUCAGAUCUUAUCUUUUAAACAUUUCACCUUUUCUUUUUGCACAUAUUUGAAUUGCUGUCACUCAGAUGGGCUUCAAUAUUAAAACAAAACCAAACAUCAUGUCAUAAAUAUCAUUUGCUGAUUAUUGUGCUGUUACAGAGUGCUGAGAAAUGGGAAGCUUUUGCCAAUAAGACUGCUUAACACUAUAUAAUUGACUUCAUGCCUUAUACAGUAAUUGUCUCCUAUUGUAUCUUCUGCAAUUUUAUUUUUUAUUUUUUUUUUAUUUUUUAUUAUUUUUUUUUUACAAGUCUAUAAAAGUCCAAACUGAAAACACUGAAUUUUAUUUUUGCUAUUCCUUUUUAUAUAGUUUUAUUUCUGUUGGACCUAACAGAUUUGUGAAUAUCCAGAGAUUUCCUGUACUCUAAAUAGUUAAAUAUUAAACAUAAAUCCUUAUUUAGUAUUAAGUGAAACGGUUUCCUUCCUUUAUACUCAAACUAAACUCUAUUACUGUCUGUUGUCAUAUGUAGCACGCGUCUGGUCCAGUACGACUUUCAGACUGGCUGCAUUCAUGCUGUGAGAUCGGUAUGAUUCAACCAGAACAUUAUACACUAUAAGCAUGAACUAUAGUAAUAGGAAACCUGCAAGUGUUACCUGGGGGGUUGGUUUUAAAACUGAAAUGACAAUCAAAAUUGUUAAAAGGCGAAUAUGUAAUUAUUGCAUCAAUCUAUCGUUCAAAAUGUUUAUUUAUUAUCUGAUGCAGUUCAUUGCCUUCUUUGUUUCAUUGAAAAUGAUCAACAAUAAAUCAAUUAGAUAUGA